GUGAAUGAAUGGAUCAACAGAUUCAAGACACAAAAGGUGGAGAGAGUUGCAUGCCAGCCUUAUAGAGAGUGACAGCAAUGGGCUCACAGACAGCAGUGUCCUACUUGAUGGCUCUGAAUUCUUCUCAAGCAUCCCUCAGACUCAGACCCUCAAGUUUUCCCCUCCAAAUCCCACCUCAUGCCAAGGCCACAAGCCGCAAUCUGAUUCUCAAAUUUCCCAGAGCAAGAACCAGAGCAACCCUUGAUGGCAAGGAACAAAGUGCCACCACCACACCUCUACUUGUCCAGGAACCACAGCCCAACAGAGAAGUUGAGGAGAGUGUGAAAGUGCUCAAGAAUGCGGCAAAAACAAGACGGGUGGUUGCAGAGGAGGUUCUCUCUGCUCUAUCUGUCAUUGAGAAGGCAAAACUUGACCCCUCCGGGUUUCUCGAUACGCUUGGUGGAUCAAAAUCCCCUGGCAGAACCUGGAUGCUCAUUUUUACUGCUGAGAAGGAAUUGAAGGGUGGUCGCUACUUCCCUAUUACAGCUGUUCAGAGGUUCGAUGCUGCUGGAAAGAGAAUUGAGAAUGGAGUGUAUUUUGGGCCAAUUGGAUGCUUAACAUUUGAAGGAAGAUUUUCUUGGAAGAAGAGAAUACUGGCCUUCAUCUUCGAGUGUAUCCGGAUAAAAGUUGGACCUUUGAAAGCUUUAGAGAUCAGUCUAGGCCAAAAGGAUGACAGAGAGCCUAGCACGAAGGAUCCCUUCUUUAUAUGGUUUUACAUUGAUGAAGAAUUAGCAGUUGGUCGAGGCAAAAGUGGAGGAACUGCUUUCUGGUGCCGCUGUCGACGUGUAAUAUCUUGAUUUUCUUGUUUAAUUUAACUCAAACAUAGAUGUCAAAUAUCCUUUUAUGGAUCAUAUUAUACGUAUAUAUCAGGACUACAAUCAAUUGGAAAGGUAACAUAUGCUAUCAAGGCUGUGUCAUGCCUCUUUUACAUUAUUUUAAGCCGAAAAUUUAUCUGUAACCACUUUAUUUUAUGUUUUUCCUCUUUGACAUUAUUUGGCUUUGUGCUGAGCCCUGCUGUAAUUGAGAAGAUCUUCUAUCUUUGGUAUACUUUCUUUGAUGAUUGGAAUUUCA